AUGAAUGAUUGCCAGCCAAGUUCUUUAGUAGAUAUUGAUGACUUUGUUACCACAUUCACACCGGCUCUCAAUAAAGAACAAGAACGAGCAUUUCGUUUAAUUGCUUCUCAUACUCAACUGGGAAAAUCGGAUCCGUUGCGAAUGUUCCUUGGAGGUCCUGGUGGAACGGGAAAAUCACAUGUAAUAUCUGCAUUGAAACUUUUCUUUGAAGCUCAAGGAGAGAGCAGGCGCUUUAGGUUAGCAUCUUAUACUGGUGUAGCUGCAAAAAACAUUUCGGGUAUGACUCUACACUCAGCUCUUUUGCUGUCAACGACUGCAUCUGCGAAAGUUAACAGUAAAUCUCGGAAAAAUCUGCUUGCAAUGUGGCAGGGAGUCGAUUAUCUAUUUAUCGACGAAGUGUCUAUGCUCGGUUGUAGAUUCCUAUUGAAGAUCAGCCGUGCUCUCAGUCAAGCGAAAGACAAUACCUCACCUUUUGGGGAAUUAAUAUCAUUUUCGCAGGGGAUUUUGCUCAAUUAG